AGGAGAAGAGUUUGUGUUAUACGAGAUACUCUCAGCUUCCUAGAAUGGUAAGUUAGGUGGGAGAUUCUUUCAGAAAUUAGUAAGAUAUGAGAAGACCAGGAAAGGUGGGAAGAAAAACGCACCCUGAGAUAAACCUUACUUGUAGCAUUCUAUGGUACACAACCAUCAAGUGAACAAGAAGCGUAAGACUUAAGUGGUUUACAUAGGUUAUGUUUGCGUCUGAAACUAAAGUUUAUAGUCUGACAUUGUGAAGAAUUAAGCAAAAGACCAUUCAUGGAGGACCAUGGUCUAAGAGUAGAUAGGAAAUCGUUGAAUUGGGGGCAAUCUGUUUAAGAGGAGAUGAGUAUUGAGACUGUCAGUUCAUCAGCACAUUUGAUAAAAUUGAUACUAGCUACAGAUGGUAAGUCAUAUAGAAAGAAUUAGGAAAGGCAGGGGGAAAAAGAAGGAACGCCAGCCUGAGUAAACAAUGAGGUGGAGCGCUCCCUUUGUGAAUAGUAUACUGUUUUCUCUCAAGGGGAUAAGAAUACAGCCAGUUGAUUGUCCAUGACUCAGUAUAUGUCCCAGCUAGCUUGUCCAGCAUAGGAUAUCUGUGGUCAGGAUCAAAUACUGAAGAAUAGUCUAAGAAGGCACACCUGAUAUAACUGACAUUUCUUUCAAGAUUAUAUAUAACCAAUGCUGUUUUGCAGGCAGGUGAAUGGUAACAUUGACUCUCAUGUGAUCUAUGUCACAUAAAUUUAAAUGAUCGCUUACUGACAUUUUUUCGUCCACAUUACACGUUUUUAAACAUGCUGUCGUCUCUGAGUUGUGUAUGCCAACUAUAAUGAUUUUUUGUUCAUUGUUUUACCAAUUUAUCUUCAGACCGUUGAAAAUAGUAUGUAUCGUGCUCCAAUUUAUCCGCACACUGUUGCCAAUACUGAUUUUCUAUUAAUUCGUAAUCGUAAUGGGAUAAGUAUACGCCGUAUACCGAAUGCCUUCACUGUAGGACAAGAGGUGCCGCUCAUGGAGGUACCUGGACCGAAUUCAAAACGUACAAAUAAUUUUGUCAGAGAUUUUUUACAAGUAUUUAUCCUGCGUCUGUUCCUACGUAGUACUGAUGAACCGAAACGGAUUAAAAUGGAAGAGAUUCGUAAAGCCUUUCCUAAUCACUCAGAAAGCAGUGUAAGAAAACGAUUAAAAAUUUGUGCAGAUUUCAAACGUACUGGCUCAGAUGCAAGUUGGUGGGUUCUACGUUCUGAUUAUCGAUUACCAUCAGAGGAAGAAGUUCGCUAUCUAGUUUCACCUGAGGACUGUUGUGCACAUUAUAGUAUGCUGGCUGCUGAAUUACGACUUAAAGAUGCUGGUUACGGAGAAAAAUAUAUAUUUGUUUUGGAUGAAAAUCAAGCUGAAGAAGAAGAAGAUAAAGAAGGCCAACCUAAAAUGGAAGAUGAAGUAAGAGCUGCACCAUGGAAUACAACACGGGCUUAUUUGGCUUCACAGCGUGGAGGUUGUUUUCUUGAAUUACAUGGUGUAGCUGAUCCAACUGGUUGUGGUGAAGCAUUUUCAUAUUCUAAGACAUCUGCCAAACCUGGCGCAUUAUUUAGACAAGCCGGUGGAGAAGUUGCUCGGGGUUUGCUAAAAGGCAAGCGUACUGUAACUGGGACUGAUGCAGAUCUGCGUAAAUUACAUUUACGUGAUGCGCGUGCCUUGUUACGAUCAUUUGGAAUUAGUGAAGCUGAUUUAAAAACAUUUAAGCGUUGGGAAAUUAUUGACAUGGUCCGUUUCACAUCAACUGAACGUGCUAAGCAAGGUGAAGAAGAAGGCUCUGCUAAAUUUGCACGUGGUAAUCGUUUAUCAAUGAGUGAACAAAUUCGUUGUUACAAAGAAGAAUGUCAACGAAUAUUUGAUCUUCAAAAUCGUGUUCUUUCAAAUCCAGAGCUUUUAAGUUCCGAUGAAGAAGUGAGCAGUGAAGAUGAUGAAGAUGAAGUCACUGGAACUGAUGGUGUUGGGCAUAAAUCUACAGCAUUAGGUGUACAUGGUUCCAGUGGAACAAGUAAUUCUAUAGGCGGUGUACGCUUAUCCAGUCUGUCAUCAUCUGCUCGUUCCUAUGCACAAGUUAGUCGUAAUAUUGAAUCUGUAUUAUCAAAUCGGAUAACUUCUAAAGAAUCGGAGGGUAAAAGUGAAGAAAAGGAUCGUAGUAAGCUCAAACGAGCUUUAGAAUCUGGUGAUUCACUGCAAGCAUCCAAACGUGCACGUAAAACACAUCAAUUACAAUUGAAAGAGAAUGAUGUUCCACUAUCCGGUGUAGAAUGUAAUGAAACUGGACCUGUUGUCGGUGGAAGCGGUAGUACAGUCUAUGAUGCUAGUGCUAAUGCAGCUGGUACAAUACUAGAUUUAACACCACCAUGGCAUGGUGCAAAUAAGAAAAUGUUGCGUAUUAUGCGUACAUAUUCAGAAGAUGGGCAUCAAUAUACACGAACAGAACUUGUUCCAUGGUCUCCUGUUGUUGAGAUUUACUUGAAAAUUCGUCAAACUCGUGAUGAUGACUUUAUUCACAAUUUUGUUGAUUCAGAUGACCACUUCCGUGAACAGCAAAGGAAAGAAAAAAGAAGAUUACAGGAUCAACUACGUCGUCUGCGUAAGCAGCAACAGGUAAUGCGAGAACGUGGUGGUGUUGGCAGCGGAGGCGGUAUGCCAGGUAUGAAGUCGUUGGGCUUAUCAAACAAAGCAAAUCGACAUAGACGUCAUAAAACACUGACAGAAGCACUUAUUAAAAUGCGUUGUGGUGCAUGUGGUCAAACAGGUCAUAUGCGUACUAACAAGGAAUGCCCAAUGUAUGGACGUACCAACACAUCUUCAUCCCUUCAUAAUGAGGGAGUCAGAAGAGCAGCUGUAGAUCGUGCUCAUCUUCGAUCACAAGCAGCUAUUCGUAAUAUGUCUCGUUCAGGUGAUUUAACUACUACGGACUUAGGAAAUUUCAAGUCGAAUGAUAGAGAUAUGAGUUUCUUAGAGGGUUAUAGUGGUCGACAGUUAGAACCAGAUGCUGUAGCCGCAGCUCAAGCCUUGGCUUCACGACCAAUCUGUGAAUUGUUAGCAGAACAAGAAGAAGAAGAGAAAGCUAACUAUGGGGAUGAUGCAGAUAAGCUUGAUGAUCUAAAUCUCAGUAAAGAUUCAGAUGACUUAGAUGAGUCAUCAGUGCAUGGGGCUUUAGGAGAAAAUGAUAUGACGGUCGAAGGAACUAAACUAAAACUUCACUCUGGUUUGACAAAAUACAUUAAAGAACAAAAUCGUCGUAACCUAAAAUUGAAAAUACGACGUCAGUUAUUAGAUCGUUUGGAUGCUGCAGCUGCAGUUGUUCAAUCUGCAAAUUCAAAUCGACGUGGAUUAAUGGGUACAGGUCGUGGAGGAAGAAGUCGGCGGUCCAGUAUGGGUAUAAAUGAUGAUGAUUUUCCAACAAGUAUUAAACAUCGUGGAAAUAGGCGUCGUAUUGAUCCUCGUGUUGCUUUAAAUCAUAUUUUUGAAGGAAUUUACAAGGGACUUACACAGAUUCCAGGUUAUAAAAUAUUUAUGCAUCCAGUAAAAGAGAAAGAUUUUCCAAAUUAUUAUUCACAAAUUGAAACUCCAAUGGAUUUAUCACAGAUUCGUAUGAAAAUCAACGAAAAUAGUUAUGCUACACGUGAAGAAUUCUUGUCAGAUAUACGAUUAAUCUAUAAUAAUUCAUCUAAGUUCAAUGGUCGUUAUAGUGCAUAUACUGAAACAGCCAUGAAAAUGUGUUCACAUGUAAUGGAACAAUUUUGUCAUAAAGAAUUAAAACUAAUGAGAUUGGAAUCACUAGUUAAUCCUUUGUUGGAUGAAGAUGAUCUUGUCGGUUUAAGUUAUCUAUUACAACAAGCUAUUGAAGCUAUGCGUGGAGUUGAGCAUAGUAGACCAUUUCAUAUACCAGUUGAUAAAAGGCGAUAUCCUGAUUAUUAUAAAAUUAUCAGUAAUCCAAUGGAUUUAUCAACACUUGAAAAGUUAGUCAAAGAGAAUAGAUUUCAUUCACGUGAAGAAUUCUUUGUACAAACUGAAUUAAUUCUAUCCAAUUGUAUUACAUUCAAUGGACAUGAAAGUCCACUAACAGAUAUUGCACAAAAAAUGUUACAAGCAGCUCGUACACGUCUAGAACAAGAUAAAGAGACAUUGGAUACUAUUGAAGCAAAUAUACGCAGCCAACUUGGAAGUGAAUCAUAUGCUGAAUCAUUUCCAUCUCAAAGUGGUCCAAAUAAUUCACAGUCUGUAAUGUUAGAAGGUGAACAACAGAAAGCUAGCAGUUCAAAAAUUCAACUAUCAAAGGUUUUAAAGCGUAAACCACUAUCAACAAAGUCUACAUUAUCUGAAAGUAAAGAAGGGAAGAAAAAACCGCAUAAAUCGUUAUCAUCAUCUGUAAAUCCUGAUAAAGAAGUAUUACAUGAUACAAGUUUUACUAGUUCUGAUGGUCAAACGACUACUGAUAAGACAAUAAAUAAAUGGCCUGAUGAUACCUUGGGAUGUGGUAGAUCAUUACGUCAACGGUCAAGUGGAGCUUGGUACGGUGUUGACCUAGAGUAUGAUGAUGAUGAUGAUGAUGACGACGACGACGAAAUUAGUGAUAACUAUGUUGGUAAAUCUUCAGUUAGAUUGAACACUAAUGCUUCAAAACAAUGGGCGACAACAGGCGAAGAAAGUAAUGAAGUUUACACAUUGAAAUCCAACUUACCGCUAGGUGAUGAUCAGUCUGUAUGCAAAGCACCAGAUUCAGAUCAUACAGAAGGUUCAAAUUACACUGAACGCAAUAUACUUUAUGAGAAUUCAUUUGAUUGGAAUAGUCAAGAUGUUAGUCGAACUAUUGUUGUAGAUGAUGAGACAAGACAAAUUGUACAAAAUCUAAGUGAGCCUAGUUCCUCGUUAAGUGAUCAUACAGUAGAUGAUAAUCUUCAACCUUAUAACAAUGAUGAUGGUGGUGGUGUUGGUGAUAAUAUGGAUAAUUCAUUCGAUUCUAAUCAUGACCACUUACACUCGAAUGGGAACUCACAACAAAUGAGUCAUUGGAAUCAGUUCACGAGGGCAGUUAAUUUGAAUGAUGGAAUAGAUGAUGAUGAUGAUGAUGAUGACGACAUGUUGGAGUAUCGUAAUCAAGAAGAUAACUGUCCUACCUAUAUUGAUGAAGAAACUAGAUUUUCUGUAGGUAAUUCAGAAAUGCCGGAAUCAAUUGUUCCAAGUACUGGUCAUCUGGAUUGUCCUCAGUUAGACCUAAACGAUGAUCUAGUCGCAAAAGAUUUACAAUUGACUGAUUCAGACGAUGAUAGCUGUUUAUCUGGUCAAGGUGGUGAAUUAUGCACUGAUAAUGAUGUUACUUUAGUGUCAUCUAAUCUCGAUGAUGAUGAGGAAGAUGAUGGAAGAAGAGGAGGUGAUGAUAAUGAAGAUGAUGAUGAUGCACUUCAGUAUGCACGAUAUAAUCCAGAUAAUUCUGAAAUAACUUCCCAAGGUCAUUCUUUAUCUUAUGAUCAACACCGACAUGGUGACAAUAUCAAUCGUGUUUCCUUUUUCAUCAGUGAUGAAGAUGAGGAUGAUGAUGUUGGUCAUUGAGAAGGGAACAAAGGAAAUAAAUGUAUAUAAGAAUUAUUAUUAUUUAUCAGACAAAAAAAUAUAUGUAAUUUUAUGCUUUCAUGUAUUCUAUCGUCAGUUGCAUUUCUCAGCUUCCUUACCUAUUUAUUAUACGCUGUAACGCCAUUAACUUCAAUUUUUCUGUAAUUCUUAGUCUACCUGGAUGAGAUUUUAUCUUCAUUUUCAUGAGAGUUUUUUUUUACUUCCUCCAUUCAUCUAAAGGUUUCUUUUAUUACCGGUUUUUAAGCAUAUCUUUACAGUUAUAUUAUGUUAACUUCAUAUUGUACAUACCAAUUAUCAUUUCAUUGUAUAUAAAUUUCAACCUUUUCCUGUCAUGGGCGUUGUUCUUUGCAGCUUGUUUUUUUUUUAUAAAUCCCACUAAUAAAGUAAAGAGUUGAUGGGUGACCGAGUGAAUAUCAAAAGUGUUCUUCAGUACUUUCAAAACAAUAGUCAUUGGGUUGAAGUCACUCUUUGCGGCGUUGUCAUUCUCAAGCAGGUAUAUAAUUGUACUUAGAUAAUUACACUUACGUUGUAACAAAAAAGAGAUGUUUCAUAAAAUACCAUUUUUAACAG